AUGAUAUCCUGCGCCUAUGUAUUUCUUUUCUUGAAUCAAAAAGUUCAUGACUCUCCGACGAGAUCUCAUCAGUCAUAUUAUAGAUCCGCGCGAUAUGAUCAAUCUCCAAGUUACCACUCAGAAGAUGAAGAAAUUAAUACCCCCAAGCUUAAAGUGCUUGAACCUCAGAGAUUAGUUAUUCUUGUGGAUGAGCCUAGAAACUCCUUUUACGGUGCCUACCAAAUCCCAUCGUCGCGAUAUUUCCCGAAACUUAACGCAAAUCUUGACAUUGUUUCAACCUCAGAGAACAAAUAUGGCUCCGGCACCAAAGUAAUGGCUUACUGCUCACCUACCUUAUCGACUACGAAAAUAAUUAAAGAGCUCGUGCAUGGUCAAACUCCGGUAACCAAAACACAAGUGAUAGAUCCUGAGUCUGCUACGGUUUCAGAGCAGCAAUGUUGGGCGCGCAUUUUUAAACAGUGGGAGAAAAUAUCGAGAUUCGAAGAACAAGGAUCGAAAAAUCUUGCACAAGAUGAUACAUGUUCAAGCCGUGACAUCAUCAGCUUGGCUCAUCAGGGCUUAUUGUCAGUAACAGGGGUUUAUAGCAAAUUGGCUCCAGAGAAUAAAGGUGAUAUUCCCAUAGUAAAUGUGAAGAACCAGCUUGCUCUGAAAGAUAUGGUCUCACGUCCUCAAUUAUAUGCAGCAAAGAAUGUAGGGAAUAUACAGAAGGUGCUCGUCUGGUAUUUCGGCCACCUACACAUUUUUGAACGACAGGUUGGGAAGCAUUCCUGGUGGCCUACGACAAAACUCAAUGCAGAAAACACCAAUGCUGCGAUUCUUCUAGACUUUAUGCGCAGAGAUUUGAGAUUGUUUGGAGAACUGGAUGUCCGGUUACAACAGUUUGCCUUAGUAGAAAAAUUGGCUGGCAAGAAACAAGCGUAUUCAUCCCUCAUCUCCCUCGAAGCCAAAAAUAUACCUGCCCAAGUUCUGGCAGAAAUGAGUCGCGUACAUAUCUGGAUAUCAAAUGAGCCAAGCCAUAGUUACUUAGAUUCUCAUACUUGGCACAGAUAA